UGAUAGGAAGAGACCAGUUCUUGACUCAUUCAAACUCUUUUGUAAACAUUGGUUUGGUUUUAUUGUGGAAAGACGCAUUUCUGUCUCGGCAAGCAAUCGGGAAGAUAGUGACGGAUACCGAUACUCGAGUGGACCGGGUAGUUGUGGUGUUUGUUUUUAGUUUAACGCCGACUUCGGACGUUACUAUUACGUUGAAUACAAGGUAACUCCGGGGCCAUUUCUCUGCGCUGGAUGGGCGUGAAGGAGUUAGCAAACACGUUAACUUUUUCUUGGAUGGUAACGGAAAAUUAAGCAUUUCUCAAUCGUUUUUGGACACUUUUUGAACCCGUACCUUUCUUUUGAGGUAGUUAAAGGUUUUUUUUUUUUUUACGAGAAACGCCACUGCAACAGUAGCGGGGGUCCAACCGCGUGAUUUUCCCGUCGACGAAGCCGGGGUUUAAAUCCUGAAAAUGUCGAGCUACAGUCGCCAUCGGCACGGUUCCCCGUCCCCGAAAACUCGGCCGAUUCGUCAAAAAUUACAGUUCACGUGCAGCGACGGGGAGGAUGACCCCAUAGAGGACGUUAAUAAUAGCACCGGGGGAGAGUCUGGAUUCACGGAGAUGGAUUCCCCGAUGCCAAUGCGAAGGGACACAACCGACAAACGGCUGGAUGGGAGCAGCAGCCCCCUGAACCAGUCCGGCGGGGACGACGACGUUGAGCUGUGGGACGAGGAGAGCUUCGGUUCACCGUCUCACCUGCGGUCCCCGAGCAGUGUUAUCGUUGCCAACUGUUCACCGUCACCGAGGAAAAGUUCUCGGCUGUACGGAGGGUCGCCGGAGCGGUCCUAUGUCCAGGAAGACGGGGAAGGAUCCAGCUCCCCGAUCCCAGACUGCCCCGACACACCUCCGCAUAAAACCUUCAGAAAACUCCGGCUUUUUGACACACCGCACACACCAAAGAGUUUGUUGUCCAGAGCAAGGGGCUCCGGCCCAGGAUCCUCCAGCAGGAGAGUUGCCCUGUUCAAGAAUGUGGAGCCUUCAGGAAAGUCAAUCACAGACAGCAGCAGGAGACAGCAGACACCUCUGGUCAACUUUAACCCCUUCACCCCCGACUCCCUCCUCAUCCAGUCUGCCACGCAGCAGAGAAACAACAGGAAGCGGGCACACUGGAAUGACUCUUGUGGAGAAGACAUGGAGGCAAGUGACGGUGAAGGAGAAGAGGAAAUCCUCCCACCAUCCAAGAGAAUCACCAUGAUGGAAAGCAACAUGAUGUCCCGGUACGCCUCAGAGUUCCUCGAGCUGGAGAAGAUUGGCUGCGGCGAGUUUGGUGCUGUGUUCAAGUGUGUGAAGAGACUAGAUGGCUGCAUCUAUGCCAUCAAGAGGUCAAAGAAACCUUUGGCAGGAUCAGUAGAUGAGCAGAAUGCAUUACGGGAGGUGUAUGCCCACGCCGUGUUGGGCCAGCAUCCCCAUGUGGUGCGUUACUACUCAGCCUGGGCCGAGGACGACCACAUGCUCAUCCAGAACGAGUACUGCAACGGUGGCACGCUGUCAGAUGUCAUCGCCGAGAACUACAGACGGCUCAGCUACCUGUCGGAGCUGGAGCUGAAAGACCUGCUACUACAAGUCACACGAGGACUCAAAUAUAUCCACUCUACAUCUUUGGUACACAUGGACAUCAAGCCCAGCAACAUCUUCAUUUCACGGAAAUCUGUAGCGAGCUGUGAUGAAUGUGAUGAAGACGACGGUCUGACCACCAGUGUUGUCUACAAAAUUGGUGACCUUGGACAUGUGACAAGAGUUAACAAUCCACAGGUGGAGGAGGGUGACAGCAGGUACCUGGCUAAUGAAGUUUUACAAGAGGACUACAGUAACUUGACGAAGGCAGACAUCUUUGCUCUGGCUCUGACUGUUGUUAGCGCCUCGGGAGCCGAGCCUCUUCCAACAAAUGGAGACAAGUGGCAUGAGAUCCGACAGGGAAAACUGCCCGCCAUCCCUCAAGUGCUUUCUCCAGAGUUUCUCAAUCUCCUCAAGCUGAUGAUCCACCCUGACCCAACCAGACGACCAUCAACUUCUGACCUCAUCAAACACCCGGUGCUCCUCACUGCUGCCCGAAUGAGUGCUGAUCAGCUACGAGUUGAACUCAACGCUGAGAAGUUCAAAAACGCCCUGCUACAAAAGGAGCUGAAGAAGGCCCAGCUGGCCAGAGCUGCAGCAGAGGAGAAGGUUUUGUCCACCGACAGGAUCCUGACCCGCUCCACAGUCCAGUCCAACCCCAGAACCUCCAGAAUCAUCGGAAAGAAGAUGAAUCGGUCGGUCAGCCUCACCAUAUACUGAGACUUUGCUGCACUGUGACAGGAAGUUAGCUCACGGACCUUUACUCAGACCUGUUCAGUUGACAUGGUCUCCCGGUUUUCUUUUGGAGGAGAAUCCUGUCAGUCGUGGUCUUGGGCUCUUCAGCCCAGUUGAAACUCUAGACUGUUGCCACAACGAACUUGAACUCAUCUCGAUAGACUCUCAUUGCCAACAUAGUUCAGCCCUUUCACUGAUGGGACUUUACUUUGGGAAAAAAAAGCUCAUUCCUCAAAGGUAGUUACUGUACCUUUACACUCUGUCAUUCCUUAAGUUUGCAUAGACGUCAGGCUCUCUCUCUGUCUCUGUCCUUGCACUUCCCUCGACAAAGCCGAAGCCUGUUGGCAGCAGAUCAAAGCUGCAGUGAAGCUCUCUUCAGUGUGAAUGUACUUGCCGUCGCCGUGUGCACCUUACUGCCUGUCAAACGCCUGAUGCUGGGUCUGACGACUGACGAUUUCUGUGUUUGUAAUGGAGCACUUUGGAGGCAACAUGUGGAACUUGCCACAAUUUUUUUUUUUUAAAGAAAAAAGAUAAAACCUGCUGCUAUUGAUGUUUUAUAUGUAUCAGGGUUUGGUCGGUUUCAGGUUGGAUCGUUCUAGAGGUCAUUGGCUCUUAUUUUCAAGUAGCAGAGGAGUCCACCCCCCAUUUAAUGUGCUUUAUUUUUUUUGGAUGGAAAACAACUCUUGCCAUUUGAGGAAAAUCAUCCAGCUUGUUUAAAGUCACCAAAACCAGUGAGCUAACUCAUUAUGUGUGAGGGUUGAAUGGAUCCAUGGUGAUUUCCCUGUUGAUUGGUGCUGCCAACCCUGCCUGUAGCAUUAGAACAAUCAUCGUCCUGUUCUUUGGAUUCUCAUGUGUUCUGUUUUUUGUUUUUUAUUUCUCUUUCUCCUUUCCAUGAGGCUCGUCUUCUGUUAGAAAAGUAUUCAUCAUCUCUUUGUUCUUGUAACCUCUAACACAAAAAACCUUUUCUGUUGUAACGUGUAAAUAUGUUCUUUUAAUAAA